GGUGCAGAACUUGCAUGUUAGCCUCCAUUAUCGGUUUACCUCACUCCUCCAAGGUUUCAUGUCUUAUUGGGCCCCAUGUGUCUCUCCCAUUUCUUCCAUAAAUACCCAACACUUCCUCUUCCUUCAUCCCCUUUGCUCUCUCUCUCUCUCUUUCAGUUUUGUUUCAUUUUACAUAUGGCAAUGCUGAAUAUGGCGGAAGAUGGAGUUGGGUUUCAGUGUGAGGUACUAGAGAAUGAUCAUGAGUUCACUGCCACUGAAAUCGAAGAGCUUUUGUCACUCUUUCUAGCCAAUGAUGGGCCCCCGAGUCCCGGUUCCGAUUCGCAGGGUUCGAUGCGAACCAAUGACGACGAGAGGAAGCUGAGGCGGAUGAUAUCAAACCGGGAGUCGGCCCGGCGGUCAAGGUGGAGGAAGAAGAGGCAUUUGGAAGAUCUAACUAAUGAGGUGAACCGGUUGAUGGUCCAGAACCGGGAAUUGAAGGACCGGCUUGGCCGGGUUUUGAACCAUCGCCAUAUGGUUCUGAGAGAAAAUGAUUGGUUGUGGAUGGAGUCCGUGGGUCUUCGGGCCAGACUUUCGGAUCUUUGCCGGAUCUUGGCCGUCAUGCAAUAGUCUUCAAAGAAGUUUACGUAAAAGUAAAAAGGAAAAAAAGGAGAAAAAAAAAAAACUUGCAUAGUACUGAGUUUAAUAAUUGAAAAAGGAAAAAAAAUUACUACAGCCCAAAACGUCCUGUAUUAUAAUUGGAAGUGAAGAAAAUAUUGAGGGUUUUUUUUUUUU